AGUGCUUUGGCUGGGAAGUCAUGCAGCACCCACCGUACUCCCCAGGGGUGUUUACGUUUAGUAAUCGGAUUUGCAAUCGGAUCAAUCGCAAUCAUAUCAACCGACUAGGAAAAAAGGUCCCUAGACUAAUCAGAUUUGUUAACGUGUCUAUGGAGCGAUCGGAUUAGCUCGUGAUCUCGUUUAUGAAGGUUAUGAAGGAAUUAAAACGCGAAGCGAAAAUUUUCUUGUCAGAAUUCUUUAGGAGAAGAAGAAAAGUAAGUAUAUAUGUACUUUGUUAUUCUUACAAUAAUUAACUUUCAUUCUCCUUUGAAUGUAUAUUGAUCGAUAGGUGUACUUGUGUACUUUACUGAUAUUUUAGAGAAAUAAAUAGACUAUAACCUCACUCUAUUUCAAUAUUUUUAACAUAUUAGUUUAUUAAAAUAAUUUUUUAGAGGUAAUUGCAAUGGAUAUAAGCGGUAGAGAAGUGUUUGAGCAGGAUCAGUUCGGUAUGUAUAUCGUAAACAAAACUUAUUUUGGCUCAACUUCCGAAUAGCCCCCCUCCGAUUUUCAUGAAAUUUUUAGGAUAUGUAGAGGUAGAGAUGAGGAAUCCUAACUAACCUGGUUAGUCUCUACACACAUCAGUAUAUUAUGUUUUGACCACUAAUUUUAAGUAGUAAAGUUUUCAAACUUCUUUUGUUAAUAACUUUUUAACAAACAACAAGCGACGGCUAAAACCUUCUGAAGGUCACUCAGGAGGGUGACCUUGACAACAUAUGUCAAGGUCUAAGUCAUCGGAGGUGGGUCCCCUAAACAGCAGUAUUACCAAUGUUUGUUAAUACAAACGCGAGCAGAGGUAACAUACUAAGGUCCGUUAAGAUUAUAUAUGCGUGCAAAAUCCUUAAAUUUCUUUUGUUAAUAACUCUUAAAUUAAUAACGAAGGAGAACUAAAACCUUCUACAGGUUACUGAGGGAGGUGACUUCUAUAAUAUAUAUCAAAGUCAAGUUCUUGAUUUGCGUAGACAGCUGGAAAUUCGUGCAAAAUCAUUAAACCUUUUUUUAUUAAUUUCUUCGCUAGGAGGCGUUUCCGCACAAAAUCCUUCUACCCACACCUUCCUCACCUCUACCUCUAUAUAUCCUAAAACUUUCAUGAAAAUCGGAGGGGGGGGCUAUUCGGAAGUCUUACCCUUAUUUUAGUUGUUCUAGCUAAACCAAUUAUAUUAAUGGUUUUGAAAUAUGUUCUAUGUCUUUGAAAGAAGAAAAUAUAUACUGUGCAAAAAUAGUUUUUACAUUAUACUGAAGGCAUUAAUGUUAUUGUUUUACUAAGUGUCUUAUUAUUUUACAGAAAACUGUCGAUACCAGUGGAACGAUAAAAUGACAAAACUACUGAUAGAAGAAAUCAGAGAACAUAUAUCACUAUUAAACAAAAAAAAUAGUAUGCAGAAAAAAAUAUGGAAGGAAAUAGCGAGUAACUUGAAGAAAAGAGGUUACAACAUAACUGACGAACAAUAUUCUGUUAAGUGGAAGAACCUGAAGCAGAAAUAUAAGUCGGUACGUAAUGCUAAUAAUGAGACUGACAGUGCUACAGUAUCUUGGGUAUACUUUGAUUUGAUAGAAGAGUUAAUGAAAACUACACCUGAAGUGACACCUGUAUCACUUGCUUCGAACAUACGUGGAUUUAGAGUGCACAAAGAAAAUGUUAGUACAAGAGAACAUAGUGAAUCCAACGAUGGAAAUGCAGUACCCAGCACUUCUUAUGGUACAACACGCAAUGUCAGAAAACGUACACGAGAAGGAAAUGAAUUAGCAUAUUAUGAAAAACUGUAUAAACAAAGAGAAAUGCAUCAUAAGGAUAACAUAGAAAUGCAAAACAGAUUUUUGACAGUACUUAAAGAAAUUUACAAAGAUGAUCAAUAGCAAAAUAAGAAAUAGUGUUCCUACUAAUAAUACCUGUUAAAUUA